GGUUCAUGUCGAUUGGAGAUGAUGAUAAUCCGCCUGUGAAGAAAAGGUCGUUUUGGAUUUUCGAGAAUCCCGAUCCGGGAUUUGGCGUCACAGCUAUUUCAAUCGGGACAAAUUUUGUUCUCUCGAAUAUGCUGCUGUAUGGUCUGACUGGACGAGCGCGAUUAUCAUACUUAAUCAGCAUGGCUACCGUUCCUUUCUCCGUCUUCUUUUGUGUACGAGAUUCACAAAAAGAUUUUGAUAAGUGGAAAGAACUGCGCGCUCUUCGCCUAAAAGGCGUACCUGAGAGAUUUAUGCCUUACAAAUGUAAGUACGAUUGGACUGAAUACGAGAAGGGGCUAAACGAGAACACACAAAGAUGAUCUGAACCUACUAGUACAAACGAUUCAUUGCCUUUUUUCAUGUGAUAGUUUAGUGGUUUAGUUCUACUAAGUGAUAGUUUAGUUGUUUAGUUUUAUGGUUUGAUGCAAGUCAUGCAAUGUAUGGAUGAAAAGCCUUGAGAAC